AUGAGCUGUCUUAGCAACUGUGGUUCCAUGAUUUGGUGUAGAGGAUCUAAUGUAAAUGUCAAAAGUGAGAAGAAGAUAGAUAAUAAACUCAUAAAAAAGAGUGUUGAGAAAAACUGUAAGAUUUCUCAACUCCAAGAAUCGUUGGAUAAUCUUUGCGGUAAGGAUGGCUAUGUAGCUCGUCUAGAUAUUAAUGAUCAAAUAAAAUGCUACUCGUCUGCAACUCUAAAUUAUGACACAUAUGGUGAUUGUCUUGAUGAUUGCAGGCAGAAAAUUAAAUGCAAAGGUGCUGCUAAACUUGGUGACAAAGGUAUAGAAAUAGAGAUCUACGAUAUGGAUUGGGACAACCUAACAAAUGGAUGCCCAUGCAAUGAAGAAUUUGUAGAAAACAUUAUAACAUACAGAGGGUGUCAAAAUGUAACAAUUAAAGGAAACGAAUGUAAACAGUGGAAAGCAUUUUUAUCGGUAAACCACAGGUUGUAUCCAAAGAGAUUCUUUUUCCCAAGGAACUAUUGUAGAGAAAUACGAGGGAAAUCGGGAAUUUGGUGUUUGGUUGAUAUAGAUCAACUAGAAGAGUGCAAGCCCAUAGGCAUUGAACCUAUAGAUAUUCAGCCGGGAACUGUAUUCGACAUUUGGAUCACUCCAUACAUACCAAAGUAUAGGGUAGACGUAAUAUUUAUUGACUCAAGCAAAGAAUGUGGAAGAUCUGACCUAAAAAUCUCUAGCAAUAUUACACGGCCAUAUGAAUACAGUCCUUUGACAUGGAACUAUCCAAAUGAAAAUGAUAUUUUUUACUAUCCUGAUUCAAAACAAAUGGAACCGUCCAUAGUUUUAAAUGGGUUUGUAGCAUUGGAGAAUAUGGCUUCGAGUUCUAAAGUUUGUGCUUGUUUGUUCAGCAGUUUUUACGAAAAUGUGAAUGGACACUAUAGAUCAUGCAGAGACAACAAUGAUUAUAAUAUCCAUAUAGCGACUAUAAAUGUCAAUGGUCCGAGUAUACCAAAAAAUGCUACUGAAUGCUAUUCAAGUGAGAAGAUUAAUUUUGAAAAUUCAAAAGGAUUUGGUGGAAUUAUAUCGCUGGUGAAGGAGCCUGAAGCAUUAAUUCAUGAUUACAAGACAUUUAUGGUUUCUAUAGAUGCUAUACUUGAAUCAGGAAAAGAAGAUGCCUAUCCUCAAGAAUUGUAUGGUAGAAUAAAUCAAGUUUGUGCAUACAGGCAGAUAAUAUCAGAAAAUGAUGAUCAAAUAGAUUUACAUCCAGGGGAAAGUGGAAACUUUGUUCUUUUGUAUCAAAAGAUAAAUAUUCUAGAGAAGCAAGGAAUGCCUGUAAUUGUGAAACGAUACACUAUAAAAGGUUAUAAUUCCACGAGGUCCUUUACAAUGGUUGGUGAUUAUAAAAAGGAUAAACGUCGUGAACAGUCGCUAUUUUUUAGGAGCUUCAAGAUUACUCUUCCACCAUUAGCUGUCCUAAUUUGUGAAUAUAGCACAGGGUCUGAAUGUACUAAUCCUAUAGCACAUACGCUCAACUUGUCACCUGUAGUAGAUUCUCAAGUCGAUAAUGGUGAAACGAUUUGGCGUGCAUCAUAUUUUAACAUGACCCAAAGGCUAUCAAAAAUUAAUAAUCCAAUAGAUAGUCUGAAGGCUUUUGUCGUGAAAAGUGACCUUACUACAGAAUCCCUAGGUUAUGGAACAUUACGUGAUGAUGUUGAUCAUGAACUCGGUGACAUAUUUCCACAAAUGAACAUUGGAAUUCCAUACACAGUAUCAAAUUAUACUAUGCAUAACAAGUGGGAUAUCCUCGGGAUGCAUUUGGAGAUUCUUGAGGACGAUAUUUUUAAUUUUUUCACUCACAAAAAACAGCAAAAACUAGGAAAAAAUGCAAACUUGUUCAAGAGGUAUAUGACAAAAUUCGCCUAUGAUGUAGAUUUAAAUGUGGAUGAAGAUAAUUACGAAUAUCCAGCUGUAUUGAGUUUUUGGUCAUAUCCAAAAGACGACCUUGUGAGAAUCUGGGUAUUGAGACCUAAUCGCUUGUCUCCAGCCUAUUUUGGUUCAUUAAGAAUAAAAAGUCCCAUGGCUUUAGAAUUAAUUGUAUUUACAGAUAAAAUAACAGCUAUUGUACUAUCUGAAGGUAAAGUGGGAGUGGAUUUAUAUCACUUUACAAAUGGCAUAUUUGAAGCCAAAUUAAUAACAAGUAGCUGCGAUGAAACCAGGAAAGAUUGUACAAAAUUAAUAUCGCCUUCUGAUAUGAAAGUUAUUGAAUAUUACAACGACUGUAUUAGGGAUCAUUUAAUUAUUGUCUCAGACUCUGGAUUAAACUGCAUAAUUCUCUACAACUCGUCACUGCAAGAAGUUUCCAAGAUUUGUAGAGGGGCUGAAAUCUCAUUUGAAAUUUUUGAACCAGGAUAUAUGUCAUGCACUACGGAUGCUAGUGAUAUUAGUCAAUGUAUUGAUGAGUUUGGUAGGGAUACAAAUACUAGGUCCUUGCAUGCCGAUUGCUUUGUGACUCAAACCCAUGAAGGAAGUAUAUUAUGGAUUAAAAUUAGCCUUUUGGAUCAUUCUAUGGAGCUCGUCAGUGUUUACAAGGGAGGGAAUGGGCGAUUUAAUGAAACGGAUAAUGGUGACAAAGUGAGGGCUCACAUGCUAAGGAAACCCGUCUCUUUGGAAGCUGUGUCGUAUGGUAAUACACAUUUGAUAUAUUUGAUUGAAGAUGAAAGUCCUGAAAUUACAUUGUUGAUAUUGGAUGUAGAAAAUGAUUCAAAAAUAUUCUAUUAUGGUCAUACUGAACUAAAGAUGAUUCCAUAUAGCACCUAUGUCUAUUCAUCAAAAAUUUUAAUGUCAAAAGACAACAAAAAUGACCUAGAAAAUCAAGACUAUUUAAUGUUGUUUCGUGUGGACGAAACUAAAUCGAGAUCAUCUGGCAAAAGUUUUGGAUCGAUAAACAUUGUGAAUUUUCAAGACACAAUUUCUGUUAGUGAUUUCAGUUAUAAUGUGCCUGAUUGGCUUGUUAUCAAUCAGGAAUACAAGCAAAAACCAAUAACUGGUUUCGUUGGUGCAAAAUAUAAUUUUUCUGUUAGCUACGAAUUAGAGAUUAGAAGUGCUGAAGACAAAAACUCCCAGCAAGCAAAAGAAGACGGGGAUAUUCAUGAUUGGAAUGGGAAUCUAUCAAACAAAAACACAAUUGAAAUUGAUAGCAUUACAGGUGAAUUAACCAUCAAGAUUCAACACAUCUCAAAAAUGAUUUUGCCGCUGCGUGUUACUGCUAUAGGGGUAAUUGACUCAAAAAGUGUUGACUUGGACUUUAAAGUUUCAUGUAAGGAUGGGUAUCGCUUCAAUGAAACACCCAAAGAGGAUGAAGUUAGUUGUAGCGUUUGCCAAGUAGGGGAGUAUAACUCACUAACUCUCAUUAAAGACGAUAUAUCUAAUUGGAGCAAGUGUACCAUGUGUCCAGAAAGGGAAACCACGAUAACAAGGGGGUCUACAUCAGUUAGUCAAUGCCUAUGUGCUCCAGGUUAUUUUUAUUCAGCUGGAUCUACACCCAGGUGUCAACCCUGUCCAGCUGGAAAGUGGAAAAGUGUUGUUGGAUUGCAAAGUUGUAAUGACAGUCAAUGUUACAAAAACUCCGAGACGAGCAAAAUUGCUAGUGUUUCGGAAGAAGAUAGAGAAUGCUCUUGCUUCAAGGGAUAUUACUAUAGGCAUGAUGCAGGUGGAAUUAAAGAAUGUGUUCCUUGUGAUGAAGGAUAUUUUUGCGAAGGUGGAUUCCAUGGUAAAAGAAAGAAAUGCCCAACCAAUACAACUACUUUAACCAGUGAUACAAAGAUAAACAACACAACCCCUCCUAAGUCAGUAGCGGAAUGUGUAUGUAAAAUGGGUUAUGCCAUAGCUUCUGUAGAUCGUAUAAACGAUCCUACUACAUUGGAACAUACGUUUAAAUUGAGAAUAAUUGAUGAAAUCCGAGAGAUGGAACUGGAGGAUACAAAUGUGGACAUUAACAAGCUAGUUUGUAUACCAUGUGGCAACAGAAGGUACAAGGAUAAAAUAGGAAAUGAAGAUUGUAUAGAAUGUCCAAAAAAUACCUUUAGCGAGAGCAUAAGUGCAACAAGCAUAAGUCAAUGUAAUUUAUGUGAUCAAGGUUAUUUUGAAACUGAAGACGUCCAACUUCCAUGUAAAAAAUGUACGGAGGAUCAUUUUUGUGUUGGAUCUGAUCCAGUCGAUUCAGAAAUGAAGAAAUAUUCAGGAAAAAGAAUAAAAUGCCCGGAACAUGCAAAAACUAUUGAACCCUAUGAAAAGAAUUCAAACAUUACAAAUUGUCUUUGCGAUGUUGGUUAUGUUUCUGGUUCGAAUUCAGUUUUGAACAAGUGUGUGCAGGUGCCAAAGAACUAUUACAAGGACAAGGUUGGUAACAUUCCUGCGAGUGCUUGUCCAAACGGGUCACUGACUCUAGCCCCCGGAGCAGUAUCCAAAAACGCUUGCGUCUGUGACAAGGGCUACUACUUUGACAACACAUCUCAGCACUGCACAAUGUGUCCAAAUGGGAAAUACUGUCUGGGUGGCAAGGAUGAGAACAUGGUCGAUAGACAACCCAUGGACUGCCAGGACACCAAUGCCCAAACCAAAUACCCUGGAGCCUCUUCUGCAUCAGAAUGCGCAUGCAAGCCUGGUUACUAUGCGAACACAGACGCACAAAAUGCGUGUACCGAGUGUCCCGAAAACCACUACAAGUCAUACAUCUCCAAUGACGCCUGCGUACGCUGUGACGAAAACUCAUCCACAAAUGGCAAAACAGGCGCCACCUCAAAGGAACAGUGUGUCUGCGACCCAGGUUACUACUUUGAUAAGAGUUGUGUGGCAUGCGACUUCAGGGACAAGUUCUGUCCGGGAGGACUCGUCCUCAAGAGGGAUUCAGAUGUAUCCACCUUCGAAACACGUCCCCCGGAAAAGUGCCCAGAAAACACAGAGAUUCCUCCAGGUGUGGACAAUGCCAGCUCCAUAGACUACUGCCAGUGCAGCAAGGGCUACGCAUUCGCGUCCAAAGAUCUGGACAACAACAUCAAAACGUGCACACCAUGUCCUCCAGGCACCUACAAGAGUUCAGUGAUGGACUCCAACUGUAAUGGAUUAUGCACCCAAAAUGCAACCAGUUUGCAAGGAGCUAAAAGUCCCAUGCAGUGCUUCUGUCAAAUGGGAUAUUUCUACCUGGCUGGAGGAAUCUGCACAAAGUGUCUUGAAGGCUCCAGAUGUGAUGGAGGAUUGACAAAUACCAGAGGUAUAACCGAAGAAGACGUUGAUGUGGACAUUGAUGACCAUACCAAACCAGUCGCUAUAGAGGGCUAUUACCUGGACAAAAUCAACCAGAAGCUGAGGAAGCCAGACGACUGGAAGUUUAUCAAGUGCCCUAUCAAAGGCGCCUGUCUGGGUGGUGGCAAAUGCUCAAAGUCCAUGGAACACUAUCUCUGUAGUGAGUGCAAAAAGGGUUAUACCAACAACUUCACCAAGGGUGCCAUUUGUCAGAAAUGUCCAAACAUGGCAAUCAAUCUCUCAGUCAUCAUGGUCUGGUACUUUAUACUCCUGCUCAUCAACAUUGUCAUGGCCUGUCUCAACGUCAGUGCUGGCUUCAACCGCCGCUCCAUACACUCUGUAGUUAUCAAGAUUGCACUCAACUACUGCAUUUGCACAUCAGUCCUCAACGUUGUCAAUUUUGAUGAUCUCAACCUACCCAAAAGCGUCAAAUCAUUCACAACCUCAUGGAUCAAAAUGUUCGACUCUGACGACAUUGUCUACUACACCUCAAUCGACUGCAUUCUCAGAAGCUGGUUCAACCUCAACCACGCAGACUCCUUCUUCUACGCAAUGCUAUACAUGUUCUUUCUACCUGUCAUUCUGCUCUUUGUAGUCACGGUACUCAUGUGGACAAUCCUAGAGCUAUUCAAAAUAAAAAGAUACAAAGUAACCACGGCGAAGCUGGCCCUCCUGCAACAGUCUAAGGCAAGGGGAUUAGAACCACUAGCAGAGAGACUCCGUGACGAAUACGCAAACGAAAGAUUAUUCCUCAUCUUCAGAUACAUCCCACUGCCAGGAGAAACAAAGUGGACAAAGUCAGUGCACUUUAUAGAGGACAUGAUUCCCAUUUAUGUGACUGUCCUCUUCUCAGUCCAUGGAAAAAUCACAAGCAAAAUGCUGGGACUCCUCGACUGCGUGUACAUUGACCUAGGAAGAUCAAUCCCAGGAAAGUAUAUGCUGCGACCAGCCAUGAGUGUGAGAUGCUCACUCAACCCCUCGCACGGCUACAUACCGUACCUUGCCCUAGGCAUGACUGGUCUCAUCAUUUGGGGGUUCGGAAUCCCGUUCCUCUCAUUCAUGGUGCUCUACGUCAACAGGAAAAACCUCUAUGCUCCAGACAUACGCAUGAAGUAUGGCUUCCUCCACAACGGUUUCAGACAGGACUACUGGUACUGGGAGACUGUCGUCUUCACCAGAAAGAGUCUCGUCCUAGUCAUUGGCAGCAUCGUCAUCGUCCCGUCACAAAACCUCAGCGGAUCUAGAAUAUGGAUGGCCCUGGUCGUCGCCGUCAUAUUCCUCAUCAUCCAACUCUUCUACAAGCCAUUCGACGAAAGGGACUAUUUCGUCCUGGGAAAACUAGAAAGUCACAGCAUGAUUGCGUGGACCCUAACACUCAUAUUCGCAUCACUCAUCAUCGAGGUCAAUUUCACAGACUGGGACAACAUGUGGCUACUAGGUCUCACCAUCGUCUUCAACUCACUCUUCAUUGCAGAAGUCUUCUACGAACUAUUUAUCGCUUAUUGUCACAAUGUUAGGAUAUACAAUAAGCAUGUCGAUACACCUAUUAUCGGUCGGUUUUACCGAUUCCUAUCACAAAUAUCGGAGAAUAUCAAAGCUCGUGAACCGCUUAUUUUAUGCAGCGAAAACACAGGAUCCACAGUAUUAGUUUCUCCAAAGCCUCGUAAAUUGGAUUCAUCUCGUAAGAUUAGCUAUAGCGAAAAGGAAUAUUUCUCCUAUGUUAUAACUGAGGUUAUUUCAUUCCCAAGCACUAAUAUGAAGUUGGAUGUUAUUCCUACAGACUUUUCCGAGUUUAUAACAAGGCUAAUAUUUGCCGUCCACCAUAACGAAUCGAAUAAGCAAAAGACUGAUAAUAUUGUGAGAUCAAUAGCCGACGGAAAUUUGGAGCAGUUGGUUAAUCUAUCCAUGAUGCAAGAAGGACUUGUGCAAACAAAAAAAGCCACGGACGCAAUGGAUAUUCACUCUUCAUUCGAGCAAGAUGAGACCCUAAUUGUGAAUCCGGGCUUGAUGUUUGAGAGUAGCGUCAUAUCCAGGGGGAUUGCCUUGUCAGAUUUCUACAUUGCUCUUUCGAUUAUCAAACUUUGCGAUAACAAGUCGAUUGCAAAGAUGUAUGCUGCAUUCAAGGAUUACAAGAAAAGAAUGAGAGAGUCCGAAUUGAGGGCGAAAGCCGCAAGAAUGAGACGAGCUGCAAGUAUAGUGGAAAAGGCAGAAAUUGAAGAUGUAGACAAUUUGUUUUGCUCAAGGCAAGAUAUUGAAGAAAUGAAGAAAAUAAUAAAGGGUGUCAAGGAAAAAAUUGAAGCGUUUAAAAGGGACCCUCUAAAGGCCCUAGAUGGCCAAGACGCGACCGGGGAAAAUUCCGAUGACUUUGAGAAAGAUUUGAUAUCUUUUGGAUUUAAAAGGGUUGGUUGA